AUCAGUUCUUUGCAGAUCACUGAAGAGAGCGGCAGUCCACUCUUUCUGUCCAGGGUCAUCACAAUGGCCCCGCCCUUCCUGUCCUGUGUUGCCCUCUGUGUCAUGGCAUCUCUGACCUCAGGCCUCCCACCGACUGAGCCACCACUGAUUCAUGACCACCCCUUUGUGGCCAUAUGGAACGCCCCCACCGACCAGUGUCAGCGACUUCACAUCCCAUUGGACACAGGAGCCUUCCAGGCGGUGACCACACCUGCAGCUGUUUCGGGUCAGUUUCUCACCAUCUUCUACGAGAACCGCCUUGGCCUUUACCCUCACGUUGACACCAUCAAGCAUAAGCUCUACAGAGGUGGAGUGCCCCAAAAUGGCAACCUGACGGAACAUCUGGCCAAGGCUCAGAAUCAGAUAGAUCACUAUAUCUCCCAGGAUUCCUCUCCUGGGCUGGCCGUCAUUGACUGGGAGUCCUGGCGUCCCCUGUGGGAUCAGAACUGGGGAUCAAAACGUAUCUAUCAGAAGCUGUCAAUUUCUCAUGCGCUGCAGAUUGCCCCAUUUUUAUCAACAAAGAAGAUUUCCAAACUGGCAAAGAGCCAGUUCCAGCACGCAGGCCGGCGCUUCAUGGAGAGGACCAUCGCUCUUGCCAUCGGUGAGCGUCCAAGUCGUCGCUGGGGUUUCUACCUGUUUCCUGACUGCUACAACUAUGGGUGGGAGAAGCCCAACUACACGGGGAAGUGCUCAGUGAAGACCCAGAGGCAGAACAACCAGAUGCUGUGGCUGUGGGAACGCAGCACCGCCCUCUUCCCCUCCAUCUACCUUCACCUGACUCUGAGGAACUCCCCCCGCGCUGCACUCUACGUCCGCAACCGCGUCCAGGAGGCGCUGAGGGUGGCAGCGCUGCCCAAACGCCCCUACACCGUCCCCAUCUAUGUCUACUCCAGGCUGCUGUACAGGGAUCAGACACACAUGUUUCAGAGCCAGAAAGAUCUAAUCAGCACUAUUGGUGAGUCUGCAGCUUUGGGAGCUUCUGGCGUCGUAAUGUGGGGAGGCACCAAAGACUACAACAACAAGGCUGCCUGUCAGUCUCUGUCCGAGUACCUGACGUCCACCUUCAACCCGUACAUUGCCAACGUGACGGCAGCUGCCAUGCUUUGCAGCGAGGUCUUGUGCCAGGGGAAGGGCCGCUGUGUGAGGAAGAACUACGACUCCAGUCACUACCUGCACCUAAACCCCACCUACUUCAAAAUCCUGCGGGCUGACAAGAAGUACGUGGCUGUUGGCCUCCCUUCUGCUGCAGACCUCGAUGCUUGGGCAGAAAACUUCACCUGUCAGUGCUACGCCCAGUCAAGCUGUUCUCCCAUGCUGAAGCAUCCAACCACGAUCAAACUAAUCUGGGUUUAAUGUGUGAGGAGAGUGAAAUGUGUCCGGAAGGGGGCCCUCUGCUGAGCCACAGAUCUGAUCUGAAAUGAUCUACAUUGCAUUAAAAAGCUUUGAGUUUAUGAAAACAAAUUCAAAACCUUAACAUGGAAAAUUUUAAAAAAUUAAAUGGAAAAUCAAGCAUCAGACAAAGUUAUGAUUUAUUAGAACUGCAAACCAAAAGGCUUCUAAAUAAAUGCUUUCCUGAAAAUGAU